AUGCGGGCAACAGCCAAUGGUAACUGGGAUAUUGGUCGGUCAUGCGGCAUUCGACAAGAGCGAACAAGCAUCCCAAACGCAUUACAAGUGAAGGAGAUCACUCGGAAACCUCCAAGAGCUCAGAAUCCUGACAAGUUUAAAUCGGUUGCUUCAGCAUUUCACACCUCUUCUGCACACAGCUCCAUGCCGUAUAAGUCCAAAGGUGGCCGGAAAAGACAGAAGCCUGACAUCACGGCCAAAUCAACUACAAAGCAAAAUUGUCAACAUUCUUUUCACAAUGAAAGAUUAACGAGAUUUCGCGAGCCCAAAGUUUUAGUGGUAGUGGAGCAAGAGGUCGACUGUGGAAGUAUUUCAAAUUCUAGCUCAACACCACGUGUUCUUAAAUGUGACGAGCCACGAGAGAACCAGCAUUCGAUCGCAAACGAUGGUUUUGCACUCACGAAUUAUCUGGCAAGUGACCUAUGUAACGAUCAAAUUUCUCAUGGAAAAUCUAAACUCGUACAUGGAGAUCCACCUUUGACAGGUAUUCCGUUUGAAGUUCACAGCACGCACGGCUUUGGACCUAUGAGAAAAAUCGACGAGGCAGCAAAGCAGCAGAGACAAGCUGUACUUGUCAAACAUUCGCAUUCCAUCCCCAUAUCUCUGCCAAGCAAAAGUCAAGUUCAAUCGCGUGAAGAUUGUAGAAGGCAUUCUGUCCAAAAUCACGUGUGUCGGAAAAUGUCAUCCCUUAGAUCAGGAUCUUCCACUGUUUCCAGGCAAGCAACUAAGCAGUCUGUUUUGUGUGAUGAUUCAAGUCUUGAUGAGUCGAAUCAAACCCUCAGAAGACCCGUUGAUAUGAAUGAGUCCGCGAUAACGGCGGAUUUACCUAAUGCAGACGAACAUUUGGAGGCAUCACCUACGAAUAUUCAGUCUGUCUCUUCUGUAUUUGGAGCUUCCAUAUUUUACGACCAGUGGCAACAUAUUUCUUGGAUGAGAGCUCGUAUAGCCUCGCUACGUUUCUCACUCCAAAACAAGCGCCAGGAUCUACGUAUGUUGCAAAGAGAAAAAUCUCUUGCAGACGAUGCAUACUUCAAACAAGCUAAGAUGAGAGAGCUUGAUAUGCCCUUUCCCCGUGAAUGGUGGUCUGGAAAGACUACGGCAGAAUUACUUUGCGAGUGUCAGAAAGCCAGAGAUGAAUAUGGUUACUUAGAAGAUGAAUAUAAUUAUCUUGAGCGUGAUCUAGAUUCACAAGAGUAUGAACUUUCACGACAUGAGGAGCAUUUUUACGGUCAGCUGAGGGACCCCUCACGUUUACUUCCCACGUCAAUGCAGCACGUCAAAUCUCCAGGGUGGCUCAAUAGGCCAGAACACCACGAACCACAAAAGACGCAAGAAUUACAUCCAUUGGUGGAAGCAUAUUUCUCGAAGCUCGGUGAUCUUGAAAACUCCCGGGAGCUUUAUGACGACAUUUUGGAUGAGAAGUUGAGCCUCGAAGAGAAGGUAGAUCUGAGAAACCGGUUCGACAUGGAACCUCUUACUUCCGAAAAUCAGGAGUGGCUGAAUAGCUCCCAAGCCCAGUUAGACAGCUUGAUCUCCAAAAUCAAGAUUAUCGAGGAAGAGGAAAACGAAUUACGGCAGAAGUGCUUGUCAUUGGGCCUCAUAGAUGAGGCUGGAGAGCCGAUAGCAUCAACAAGAAUGGACCAAUCUGGUUCAUCUCUGGAUGCAGCUCUCGCGCCACUUGAGAGCCGCAACCAAUAUUCUGAAAUGCCUUCAUCAUUUCCUCCAGAAUUGAGCGACUCGGAAAGUGUGAUAAAAGCAUUGGAUUCCGAGAACAAUCACCUGUCACCAAAUGAGCGAUUCGAUCGAUGGUCAUUAGAAAAACUUCGAAUUUCUCUUCAUGAGGUCAAUAUCUACACACAUUGCUUUAGAAACUACGAUGAAUCACAAGAUCUGUGUAAAAUCAAAGAGGAAAUCUGCGAAGAUGAUUUCGGAAUUGCCUGGUUUGCAGAUGGCUUUACGGAUCGUGAUACAAGAUCUACUGUCUUGACGGCUACCAAUUCGACCUCCCAAUAA